AUGGGUGGGAAGGUUGAUGGAUAUCUUGACUGCACGUCACCCUAUAGCUACUUUGCCAUCACACACCUACGGAAGGUGCGACCGCUCUUGAAGCAAUAUGGCGUCGAGGUUGAAUUCCACCCGGUGUUCCUCGGCGGCAUAAACGUCGGCUCCGGCAACAAGCCACCGUGGACCCUCCCCGCGAAAGCCAAAUACGGGCCUUACGACCUCAAGCGCGCCAUUGAGCAGUUCCAAACGCCCAAGAUCUCCUCACCGCCGUUCUUCCCCAUCCUGAGCGUCGUCCCCCAGCGCGCCAUGCUCGUCGUCAAGGACCGCCACUCCAACGAAGCGUUCGAGAAAUGCUUCGUCUCCACCUGGGAGUACAGCUUCAUCAAGCACAUCGACAUCUCCAAGCCCGACGCCCUGGCGAAGAUGCUCGGCGAGCAUUUCGACGCAGCGGAAGUCAAGGAGAUCAUGCGUCUGAUGGCUACGCCGCCGUACAAGGAGAAGCUGACGGCCAACACCAAGAAGGCGCUGGACCUUGGCGCGUUUGGAGCGCCGUGGUUCUGGUUACGGAACGAGAAGGGCGAGGAGGAACCGUUGUUCGGAAGUGAUCGGUUUGCCUACAUGUGGCGGUUUUUGGGUGUCGAGUUUGAGGAUGUCAGGAUAGUGGAUAAGGAGAAGCAGGACGGGAAGGCGAAGCUGUAG